CAAUAUAUCGAUAUAAAAUCAAUGAAUCGAUAGAUGCAUCGAACUGCAAGCACGAGCUUAUCGACCUCUCGAAAUCUCCCAGGCUGUUUAGCGUUGUUAGCGAUCUGUUUUUGGAAUGAUCUUUUAUAUUCUGCGCUGACAUCUGCGCUAAAAGUUUCUUCGAUACUAGACGUCGCGAAGUGUCGUCUGCUGUGCAGGUUAUGUCAUCGUCCGAGAGAUAGUCGGAAAAUCAAAAAUUCUUGGAUGAUGAACAACCAGGGAGAAGUGGAUCUGUAUCGGGACACUUAUGUAAGAUAUUUAGGUUAUGCGAACGAGGUUGGAGAAGCAUUCAGAAGUCUCGUACCAAAGUCCAUUGUAUGGUUCAGUUAUGCAUUGUCGAGCGGAUACGUUCUCGCGGACACGGUGCACAAGGGUGUAAAGGUCUACCAGUCGGACGUUAGCCCACAGAAAACCAAGAACGUCUUAUUGUCCACGUCAGACACGAUGUUAUGGCAGGCAUUCGCGUCGGUGAUAAUUCCUGGUUUUACCAUAAAUAGGAUUUGCGCGGCGGUUCAAUUCGCGCAGAGAAAAAGUACAAGAGUGGCCUGGAAAAAGCCUUGGAUCCCCACGCUUAUCGGUUUAGCAUCCAUUCCUUUCAUAAUACAUCCUAUAGAUCAUGCCGUGGAGGGAGCAAUGGAUGUUACUUAUAGAAAAUGGACAGGGUACCAUCCAAAAGGACCUCUAUGUGGUAUAAAACAUGAAUAAUGAUACAUAGUUAAUCGAUUAUAGUGCAUACCUGAGAGAGGUCGUACUUAAGCACACUAUAAUAUAUUGAAGAAUUUAUUCUAUUUUUUACACAAAAUAAUUGAAAGACCUUAUAACUAAUACUGAUAGAAGAAUAUAACCGUAUUUUGAUGUGUCUUUUAACUAAGGACUAUUUAAUGUAUGUUGAUAAUCAAAUUGACGCCCGAAAGUUUUUUUACUUUUUUGUAAUACAAGAUAAGGACAUACAUACGAGAUAAGGAUUCUAAAAUAUGAAAUAAACUCUGUGAAAAAUACUUAAGAUAUUAAAUUUAAAACAAGCUAAACUUGGUAAAAAACCAAAUUGUCCCAAAGAAACAUAUUUAUGCGACCUCUCUUAGUUUAGAAACAAUACAGUACUGCCAGAUAUAUUCCAAGAUAGUACAACAUAAUGCACUUAGAAUAUUUUAUUGCAAAAAUGUUAAAUAUUUUUGUUAUAAUGUACAUAUUAUACAGCUACAUUAUAUUGUACAGCUGUAUGUGCAUUAAGAUUUUUAGCUGGCUUUCAUGCCGCGAUUGUUAAGCUGUUGAAUAAAAUUACUGAUUUAACAUUCCCAA